GUUCGAUUCUUCAGAGAUCUGACGGCGGUAGCCAGAGUAAUCUAUUCCUUCCCAAAAUGUCUCGCAAUUAGAUUCUUUCCAAGUUCUUCUGUAAAUCCCAAGUCCCGCUCUUUUCCUCUUUAUCCUUUUCACCAGCUUCGCUACUAAGACAACAAAUCUUUCCCUCUCUCUCUCGCCUGAUCGAUCUUCAAAGAGUAAGAAAAAUGCAGGAACAAGCGACUAGCUCUUUAGCUGCAAGCUCUUUACCAUCAAGCAGCGAGAGGUCAUCAAGCUCUGCUCCACAUUUGGAGAUCAAAGAAGGAAUUGAAAGCGAUGAGGAGAUACGGCGAGUGCCGGAGUUUGGAGGAGAAGCUGUCGGAAAAGAAACUUCCGGUAGAGAAUCUGGAUCGGCGACCGGUCAGGAGCGGACACAGGCGACUGUCGGAGAAAGUCAAAGGAAGCGAGGGAGGACACCGGCGGAGAAAGAGAACAAGCGGCUGAAGAGGUUGUUGAGGAACAGAGUUUCAGCUCAGCAAGCAAGAGAGAGGAAAAAGGCUUACUUGAGCGAGUUGGAAAACAGAGUGAAAGACUUGGAGAACAAAAACUCUGAACUUGAAGAGCGACUCUCUACUCUUCAGAACGAGAACCAGAUGCUUAGACAUGUACGUUUUGUCGAUCUUACUGUUGACUUAACCUGCAACGUCAAUGCUUUUGCCAUUUGUUUUUUGAUAUAUCACAGUACUGGUUUAUCACAUUUACGAGUCUAGGAUUGACCAAUAAUUAGUUUAGUUAGUUAAAAGGAUCUAAGAAGCUAACUUAAGCUUUAGAUUAAUUCUCAGAAGGCAUGUAGGUUCUUGAAAUGGUCAUUCACUCGCAUAUUCUCUCAAAAGAUUCUGAAGAACACAACAGGAAACAAGAGAGGAGGUGGUGGUGGUUCUAAUGCUGAUGCAAGCCUUUGAUCUCCUUCUUCUUCUUGUGUUAUAUUUUUGUGGAUAAAAUUUACAGAGAAUUGUAUCAAUAAUUAUCAUGUUAAAAUUAUAUGGGAUGUGAGAGCUAAUAUUGCAAUUGUAGACCAAGUUCUCUUAUUGUAGUCUUAGAUUUCUCUUAAUUGAAACAUAAUGUUGUUUUAUAACAAAAAUAAGCUAAUUUUUGUUCUAUGAUAUGACAUUGUGACACUGUAG